GGCAGUAGGUUGAAACUUCUUGGCAUACUAAGAUGUUUGCGUCAUCUUGUACGAGAGAGGUUGGAGCUCAGAUGGUUUGUGUUGUCAUGUGUAGCCGUCAGCGUACGGCCUGUGGUUGUCAUGUGCGCUUUGUGGUAGUCAAUUGUUUGUCUCUUGAAACUCGGUGGUGAACCAGCACAGCUGCAGGAAAGCAGGUGGUUACAAGCGUUCCAGAGGAAGUUACCGCCUUCAUCUUCAGAGGACGAUGCUCAUACUUAUCGCCGUACGGAAUAGACGGACAGACAUGGAAACCAAAGCAGUAUUUUGUAUGGCAGACUAGAAGACAAGAAUGCGUCUGGUUUGCGUGUUAAAGCCAGAGCUAUUAUGACACGUUGUGUUCUGACGCCUCGAGGGAUGUUCUUAUGUCGGAGUCCUGACAUAUGACGCUGGCGCCCCUAGCGGUGGGCAGAGAACGUCGAUAUGUCGGAAUUCACCAAACUGCUAAAAAGUGGAUCGACCAGUUCCAAGCGCAGAUUUAGUGCAUACAGUGUUGCAUUAGUGUGCUCAGUGUGUUUGUUGAUGCUGAUUGUCAGCCAUCGGCUAGUCAGUUCAACAGCUCUAGACCGGGCUCCUUUCCUUGACAUCAGCAGGACAUUUCAACAGAGUUGGUCGAGCAAUGAAGUGGAUUCUGAAAACAAUUACACACUUGAGAUCGAGGAGGUUGUGGAUGAGCAGCGACGCCUCAUUGCAGAGGAGAUGCUGGACUACCCUUACCCUGCUGGCCGUUACAACGUCUCUGCAAGGUCACUAGAUGAGCUGGUACAGGAUAUGGGUGGAACACCAAUUCGAAGUUUGAUCAUCACAACAUGGCGAUCUGGUUCAACAUUCCUUGGUGAUGUGCUGAACAGUCACCCUGGCAACUACUAUCACUAUGAGCCAUUGCUUGACUAUGACAUUGUUCAAAUCCGUGGCGAACCUUUUGCUUCUGGGGCAAUAAGAAAUCUCAGAAAUCUCCUGAAAUGCAACUAUACAAACAUGGAUCACUACUUGAACUAUGGAAAAGAACAUGUUUGGCUAUUCAACCACAAUACACGGUUGUGGGAUCAGUGCCAGCAACACCCGUCUCUGUGCUGGCUGCCGGAGUUCCUGAACCCCUUCUGUCGUUUAUUCCCCUUCCAGAGCAUGAAGGUUGUGCGACUUAGACUUAGUCUAAUCGAGGAACUCUUGGAAGAUCCCAGUCUGGGCGUUCGUGUGGUGCUGUUGGUACGAGAUCCAAGAGGAACACUACAGUCUCGAAAACAUCGUGACUGGUGUCCAGGGAACCCAGAUUGCUUUGAGCCUGUGCGGCUGUGUACAGAUCUUGUAGCAGAUUACAGUGCAGCUGUGCGUCUCACGAUGAAGUAUCCUCACAGGUUCCGGGCUGUACGAUAUGAAGAUCUCUCUGUAGAACCACACAAAGGUGUUCAAGAUCUUUUCCAAUUCUUUGGACUGGACUUCCAUCCUAACAUUCAACUUUUCCUGGACACACAUACAAAGGUGAAUGUGGGUGGUGUGUCAAGCACGUAUCGUAACUCUAAGUCCGCUCCAUUCCAUUGGCGUCAGGAUCUCACAUAUUCAGAAGUACACGCUAUACAGAGAGCUUGUGCGCCAGCCAUGCACUACUGGGGCUAUCGACGAGCUGCCAAUAGUUCACAUCAAAAGGACUUCAAUCCACUUGGAGAAUUUUCACUCUCGUAGUUUGUUAUGUGGCUGCUUGACAAUCGUAAGAAAGAAAACUGGCAGGUAUCUUGUACGAGGCAUGCAACUCUCUUCAUAGUAAUGUGACAGUGAUAUGAAGUUUUCUAACUAUAUCAAGAAUUUCUUUAAUAAAAAUGUUCAACUGUUUGAUGAAUUGUGAUGUAAAGGAAAACAUUGGUGGUAUCGAAGUAUCUUCAUUUCAUCAGACUUCUAUCAUUACAUGAUAAUAAGUGUUCCAUCAGAUAUCUGAAACUAUGCGAUCCUUAUCGCAAGACAGGGAUGUGUGCAAAAGUUAUCUCUCUUUGCAGUGUUGUCAGUCGUUUUAGAUUGAGCUGGUAUUAUUGAUAUGUGCCAUAACCAUUCUUGGCACCGUGACCUUCUUCAUAAUGGAUAUAAAAGAAAACAUUUAUAUCCAUGGAAUUUUAACGAAACUGAUUGACAUUGAAAAUUGCACAGAUUUAUGAAUGAUGUAAACUGUGAUUUUCAAAGAUGCAUCAACUUGUGAGUAUAAGUGAAACAAAAAGAAAAUGUGGGCAUGAUUUAAUCAUGCGUAAUAUGUGCCUGUCAGCAUCAAAUUGUAAGGUGUGUAAGUGAUAAAGACUUGAAGUCAUGUGACUGUGUUUGUCUCUGUAUGUAUCGUCGACAGACAUGGUUCCAUUCUAACGUAGAGCCGUCGUACAAUAAUUUUAUCAUUAGUUAAUACUUUAUUUAUGUUACAGCAAUUUUCAGAAGUGAGUCAGGUAUUAUUUUGAGUGACUAUUUUGUGUAAUAAGAUUGGUCCUUUAAACAUGGGCUUAAUUAGUUUAGUCUGCAGAUCGUUAUUUGUUUGUGUUACGUUAGUUGAUAAAGACUUUCUCACAGGGUUUAUGUCAGGGUCUUCAUUCAACACGACAAUGUUAUAAGAAGUGUCUUCUGGUUUGUAUGUAAGCCUACGAUGGGUGAUUAAGGUUUGGAAAUUCCAAGCUUUCUUUCUAUCAAGAAUUGAAUCAUAUCGAAGAGGCACUAAUGGAUAUUAUUAAUCAGUUUGACUUACUGAUUUUCAAACAUGAUGCCACAGUUUCUCAGUGUUCUACAGUGUGUUUUGGGAAUUCUGCAUGUGUUUGAAUCAUUUUUGUUUCAUUUAGGUUUGUCUCACCUCCAGGGUCUCACUAAUAAUUAUUAUCUAAACAGUGAUUAUGAAAGGCAAAUUUUUAUUUUUAUUGCUUCUACCAUUUGGGUAUAUGGGAAUUGACUUCAGAAAUUGUGCACUCUUAAUGAAGCAGAGUCAAAUUAUGUAAACUUCUUCUGGAUAAAUGUGAAUUUCUGAAAUGUACUUGGGUCCCUUCUAAGAACACAAGUGUACUGCAAUGAAAAUUAAAAAAAAAAAUCUUAUUAAAAUUGUAAUGUUAGUUGCCAUGGUAUUUUAAAAACAGUAUUUUCAAAAUUUGCCUUGGUAAGUGACUUUUAGAACUGAUAUGUAGUAUUUAGAAAAUAGAACCCAGGUGAAAAAUCUGUUAAAAUAAUUUAAGGAAACAUUAUCGAUAGGCUGAAGACAAUGAUAAGAUAUUAAUGGUCAGUCAGCUGCAUCAGUUUGGGGCAGAAGUCCAACUUAUUGGAGACCUCUGCCUCCAUCGUCAGGAAAUGAUACAAAUUCGGCGAUCAGAAUGGAGACAGAAGACUGUAUGAUUCACAACAUUCCCUGAUCAUGGAGACAGAGAAGAUCUCCAAAAAUUUGGACAUCUGAUUAGAACUGAUGCUGCUGAUCACCUGAGAGGAUCUUAUUGCUUUUAUUGCUUUCAGUCACUGUUAAAUCUUCGUUUAACACACUUAAAACAACUGCUUGUAAAUUUUCAAAUAAUAUAAUGCUCGACUUUAUAAGUAGCAAUUCAUUUAACAAAGAAAUGCAAACAUAUUAAAAACCAAGGCAGCUGGCAUCAAAUCAUAACUUGGAAGUUAGAGAUCAAAAUUUGUUAUUGCUACUGGAACAAUGUGCUUCUAAUUUUAUGCACACACGCUCUUAUUCAGUUGUGAUGGAGACAGCCAUUUUCUGGUUAUCAUUCAUAUUAUCCAUUCAGGGGAAAAAUCUGAAGUUUAAUUUUUUUUAAGUUGGCUUGUAAUGGAACUUAUAAAAAUGUGAACUGUGCUUUGUAUACUCUUUCACGAUCCCACCUACAUCUGUUCUAUCAUGACAUUCUCAAGCACUGUCAUUUGAUACUUUUCUACGCCUAAGUGAGUUACGUGUGAUAAAUUUAACAUGAUGAAAUGACCGAAGUACUGAAGAAAAAUAGGCCUACUAUUGUAUAUAACAAAAUAUUGUGUUAGUGCCUGAUUAAGCAUGAAUAGUACAUGUAUGUAUUUUCAUAGAUAUAUCAGAUGAUUUGUACCCUGAUUAUUCAUAAAGUUGGAUAGUCAGGAAGUAGCUGUAGUGAUGUGUAUAUCGUAGAUAUAUAUUGCCCAGGAUAGUAGAGUCAUGAGAAAGUAAUUUGACACAACUGCUCAUGUUAUCAUUGAUCAUAAGACAUCCCCAGUUGCAGAGGUGAAUUGUUGAACUGUAUACAGAAUUGCACAAUUUCAAGGCAUGAAAUAUUUAUUAUUAUUGUCUGUAAGUGAUGGGUUGAGACCUAUGACCUAAUGAGGAACUGAAAGCUCUGCAAUAUUCUCUGCAACUAGGACUGUUAUAUGUUUGUUAUUCUAAUCAGUAGCAUAAUUCUGAAAGUGUCUUAGGCUAAUAUUAUGCUAUAAUGCAGAUUCAAUAAUAGAAUGACUUUCAGUUGUGCAAUGUGUGGCUUCACAGGAAGAACAUUAUUUGUAUUAUGAUGCUCUUGAUGCAACACUGAAUGUUCAUAAAGAAUUUUAAGAGA